CGGACAGUGUCGUACCACCUCCCAAUCUGGGUAUCGAAGCAACACAACUACCAUGUUGCCAAGUUGAGCCGCUCACGGCUGUCUGUACCGGGCAUAGAUUCAGCGACUACAGGCGAUAGCGUACUGUCUUUCCCAACUACUCUCAAUUUGAAAGUAGACCACUGCCUUCCAUCUUGACUCUAUCUGGCUUCGCAUCAGAUCUAUAUAAGGAGUGCGAGACACCCUUCCAAACAGCACCAGGCAACCAUCACUUCGGUCUUCGCUCCAGCAACAUCAGCCUUCCUCGACUUUCGCUCCAACAGCAUCGUUCUUUGACUACCUGCAACCAUGCAGCUCUCACUUCUCCUCGCACUCUUGCCUCUGGCUCUUGCCGCCCCGGCUCCGAUCAUUGUUCCCCGCGCUGGUUCUCCUAUCCCCGGAAAAUACAUUGUGAAGCUCGAGAACAAGAACCUCCAGUCUCUCAUCGAUGCCGCUUUGAAGCACCUCGUGAAGAAGCCCGACCAUGUUUACACCUUUGGCAACUUUGGUGGGUUUGCUGGUGAGAUGGCUGACGACAUCGUCGAGCUGAUCCGCAACCUGCCCGGUGUUGAAUAUGUUGAGCAGGACGCCGUCGUCACUGCCAACCUUGGCGAAUCCAGCACACUCGAGAAGAAGGCCUACGUUACUCAGACCUCCGCUCCUUGGGGUAUUGCCCGUAUCUCCCACGCAACGCGUGGUAGCACAAGCUACGUGUACGACAGCACCGCUGGUGCCGGUACCUGCGCGUACAUCAUCGAUACUGGUAUCCAGGUUUCUCAUCCCGAGUUCGAGGGCCGCGCCACCUUCUUGGCCAACUACGCCGGUGACGGCUCAACCGCUGAUGGCAACGGUCACGGUACUCACGUGGCCGGAACCGUUGGCUCCAGGACUUACGGUGUUGCUAAGAAGACCUCGCUUUACGCUGUCAAGGUUCUCAACGCCGCUGGUUCGGGCACCAACUCCGGCGUCAUUGCUGGCAUCAACUUCGCAGCCACCGACUCUAGGACCCGCUCCUGCCCUAAUGGAAUUACCGCCAACAUGUCACUGGGAGGAUCGCGUUCCACUGCCGUCAACUCUGCUGCUGCCAACCUCGUCGCCGCUGGCGUUUUCCUCGCUGUGGCGGCCGGCAAUGAGGCGCAGGAUGCUUCCAACAGCUCGCCCGCGUCUGAGCCCACUGCUUAUACCGUUGGUGCUACUGACAGCUCCGAUCGCCUGGCUUCUUUCUCCAACUUUGGGCCUGUCGUAGAUAUAUUGGCACCUGGAGUGUCCAUCCUGUCCACAUGGAUCGGAAGCUCUACUAACACCAUCAGCGGCACGUCGAUGGCUAGCCCCCAUAUAGCCGGCCUCGGCGCCUACAUCUUGGGUCUUGAGGGUAAGAAGACACCCGCCGCCCUCUCCGCCCGCCUCACCGCCCUCUCCCAGAAGAACAAGAUCACUGGCCUGCCCAGCGGCACCAAGAACUACCUUGCCUUCAACGGCAACCCCAGCGGUUAAGCGGACAAAGUCCCAGUCUCGACACGACAAUCGCCGUCAUUGUGGACGCACGGUGGCGGAUAAGGAGUCGCAGAUGCAGAAGACGGUAUAGAGUUGGAGGAUUUCCUAUGUACCGUCCUUCUUUACGAAGUGAUGAUGUUGUUGCAUCCAUGUUGAAGAUGCCUUGUUCUUUCAUUCUUAGGUAGCACUUACUCGCAAUGCCAUU